UGAGCUACAGAAAAUAUUAAAUUUACAAUCUGAAAAACGUUCACCAAGGACCUUACCUUUAGAGAUAUAGCUGCAAUUAAAUAUAUUUUUGCAUUUUCAAGCGGUCAAGAAAAGUGUUUUCAAGCAGUCAAGAACAUAUGAUAUGUUAUUAUCGGCACAUUUAUAAAUCAAUUGGCACAAAUAUCAUCAGGAAUAAAAUUAGGAGCAAUGACAAGUUUUAGGGUAGUAUUUUUUCUGCUGAUGUUUAUACAGAAACCUAGGAAUGCUUUUGCUGACUGUAACGAAAAAUAUGGUAAACUUAUAAUGGAAAGCAUCAUGGUUGCCUGAACCAAGACAAGAUAUGCGAUGUCAUUCAUCCUGUAACAGCCAAGACCUUCAAUCACUGCCUGAUGAGGAAAGACAGACAAAAUAUGACAAAUGCUGCACUUGCCAAUCAUGUGCAGUAUGGGAAGGAAAUGAAAUCGAGCUAUUUAUAGAAUUUGUGUCAGUGUUUGGCAGAAGCUUAGUUGUUGCAAAUCAAGCUUCUAAUGAAACAGAUGUUGUUUAUAAAAUUGAGCACUUGAAUUCUAUAAUGACAGAAAUUCCAAGUAAUCUUUGCAACUGGGACAAAGAAUCAGGUUUAAAAGCAAGAUACCCUGAUGACUUUAGUAUCAUGCAAGCUUAUAUGGGUAGAAUUGUGAAGAUGAAUUUUAAAGAUAAUCAAAUUUCCACACUUCCUGACAUACGAUGUUUAGUUAAACUUGACCACCUCAAUCUUAAAAACAACAAAUUGACAUUCAUUUCAAAUUCAUCUUUUACAGAUAUGGACCACCUAAGGAUUGUUGAUUUAUCAGGAAACUUAAUACAAAAUAUGGAUCCAAAUAUUUUCACAUCAAAGAAUUUGAUAAGUUUAUUCCGUGUGGACCUGCGUAAUAAUCAGCUUAGUAACUUGGAUAUAUCAAACAUGAUCAGCUUGUACCCAUUUUGCCACAUAGACUUUUCUAAAAACCAAAUCACCGAAUUAGUGAAUACAGCAAAUUUUUCGAUGAAUUUAUCAUUUACAUAAUUAUGGACCAGGUUUUGUGUCUUUAACAGGAAACAAAAUUUCAAAAUUCCCAGAUUUUGUUCAACUUUUAAAACUUGAUGACAUCACACAACUUGGACACUUGAUCGGUUUUGGCUUUGAUUUCACGGAUAUUCCUUUAAAAUGUGACUGCUACAUUGAAGAAUUCAUGGAACGUGCAUAUGAGAUCGUCAAUACAGUAUGGAGGGACUAUAUGAAUAUAACUUGCAAAGAACCCAAGAAUUUAGCAGGCCAGCCUGUUGUUACUAUACCACCUGAAAAACUUAUCUGUGAUACAGAUAUUGGCUGUGAUCCACGUUGUACUUGCAUAGAUCAACCUUUCAAAAACAGGACUUUUAUCGACUGUUCAAAUGCUGGACUAAAAAGACUGCCAGAUAUACCCCCGUCUAGAUUUUCAUACUUCCUCUCAUUAAAUGUGUCUAACAAUGAUAUCUCAAUAAUAGAAAAUGUGUCAUACCUUCACAAAAUAUCUAUGCUGGACAUUUCUGGGAACAACCUUAGAGAAAUAGACAACACUAUAGCAAAUAAUCUUGAAAACGCCACAUAUAUUGACAUAUCAAAUAAUCCAAGAUUAACGCAACUUCCACAAAUGUUCCAGUACCAUAAUGUGUGCUCUCGCCACAUGAAAAACCUUCAUGUAAACUGUGACUGCCAGUCAAAAUGGAUUGAAAAAUGGGUUCAAUCGCGGCCAUGCCAUGAAUCCCAAGAUAAUUUGUUCAAAUGUGAAAUUCCUAAAAUAGGUAUUAGGAGAGCUCUUGACUUCAGUCCUGAAGAUUUAGAAUGUUCGCCUGAAGGUUUCCUGUUAUUUCUUGGGACAAUAAUUGCCAUGGUUAUUCUGACCCUUGUCUUAAUAGGAAUUGUUGUGUAUACCUUCCGCUAUGAAUUACUUAUUCUUUGCCUUAGAAUGAGACAGAAAAGUAGAAACAUUGUUGUUCCUCUCUAUGAAUAUGAUGUUUUCCUUUCCUUUAAUGAUGCAGACGACUAUGUUGACAAAUGGGUAAAUGAUUUACUUGAGCCGGAACUUACAAAAGCAGGUUACAAUGUUUUCCAACCAAACCGAGAUGUGACAUUUGGGGCUGAACGUGACUCUGAAAUAAUCAAAAUUCUGUCUAAAACACGCAACUUCCUCACAAUAAUGUCUGAAAGUUAUCUCCAAGAGAGUGAAGAGGGAAUGAGAUCAUGGACUGAAAACGAGUGGAAAUAUGGUUGGAACAAUUUCAAAACAGACAGAUCUAAAAACAUAGUACUCGUUAACUUUGACCAUUUGUCAGCAUUCAAUGUCGACAAUCCACAGAUAAAAGCCUUUCUACGAGUUGGCUGUACUGUUGACUUUAAAAACCAUGACAGAAAAAUCAUGCAGGAAAUCUUUGAAAAACUUGGACCAUCGCUAAGAAAGUCAUUCGCAAGUAAAGCAAUGGAGAACAAAUUGCCAAAAUUCUCCCAGUUUGACAUUUUCACAAUCCCAAACAAGAUGCCCUACAGCAUAAAUGAUAGUAAUCUAGGUACAUACGAGGGUUGUCCCAAAAUGUCGUAGACUACAUUAUUUUCUCUUCAACCUGACGUCAUAUUUUAAUAAAAUUUACUGAUAUCUUCCUUGGUCAUUAAUUUUUGUUAAUUUACCUACUUAAAGUCAAUAGCCACUAUAUUAGGUAAAGCUUUUUAUCAGGGUUUUAUAUUUAACAGUACAACAUACCCAGAGCACGAUAAAAUAUUAGUCAGUGUUGAGAGCAUGCUUCUUAAAAUAAUGCCAUUAACUUCUAGCAUAAUAAUAAUUAUGGGAAAUACAUUCAUGUGGAAUUACGUCAUUCAUUUUUACGACAUAUCACCACCAGACGUUUAUGUAACAUUAAUUUGAAAAAGUCUGUAGCAUAAUACGUAACAGCAGUGCUAUUUUGAAAAUGCCCAAAAUGGCGACGACGUCAGAUGAAAAUGUGGCGCAACGCAAUGUCAUUGAAUACUGUGUUAAGCUGAAGAAGCGUCCAGCGUUAAUUGACAACUAGGAGAACAUUAUAUUUUAUCAAGAUAAUGCACCUUGCCAUAGAUCUCAGGAGACACAGAUUGAACUUGAUGUGAUAGGUUUUCAGAGACUUUGCAGUGUUUCCUUAUUUGAAAUCACAAUAACGAGGUCACAGGUUUGAAAACUUUAGCGAACUCCGCCAGGAAACUCAACUCUGCGAGUGUUGAGUACAUUGAAGCAGGACUGUUUUGAAAACGUUUAUGAUAAAUGGGUUGCCCCACACUGACAGUGCAUUGUGAAACACGGUGAAUACUUUGAAAAGCAUUUUAAAAAAUCUUAUAACUUCAUGACGUUUAUGAGGGCGUGCGCCGGGUAUGUAUAGGUAGCAUUCUUUAAAUUUUGAUAACUUGGUCAAUUUUGGAGGUAUUUUGAUUUUAUUUUGCAUAGACACACAUAAAAGGUGUACUGACUUUUCCCUAGCAGGAGGACUCUAUUGUAUUAUAAUUGAUUAUUUUGGGACAACCCUCGUACAAAGAAAAACAAUAAUGAAAAUGCUCCUAAGAUCUCUCAAAGGAGCAGUGCACUCUACUUUCAUAUUAAAAAGCAAAGGAGACAAUAAGCAUAGUUCUGUAAAACUAAUUAGCAAAAUUAUCUGCCCUUCACAGUAAAACUGUGAUGAUUUUUGUUGUUGUUGUUUUUUUGUUUUUUUUUUAAAUUUGGUUGAUGAACCAUUUUAGCCUAAUAUGAUCAAUGUUAGUUUACGAAGCAAUGAAAAUAUAAUUAGAAUCAUUUGAACUAGAGCCAGCUACCUUAACUUUUUGAAAAAUCAAAGCACAGAAGGCGCUGAAUUUGUUUGGGUCUCAGAAUGUCAGAAAGGUGAAGGUUGUGAGAUUAUAAACCAAUUUGUUUUUGUAUAGUGCCACCAAUGCUUUCCAGUGUUUUAACUGUAGUAAAUUGGCUAUAAGACUAAUUGCAACACUGAUAGUCAAUUCAAUGUUUAUUUGACUUAAAA